UUCUGUAAAAUUUUAUUUGUUUUUCUUUUCCUUUUGUCGUCAUAUAAAAAUGAGAUCGCGAAAAGAAACAAAAAUCAAAAUAAUUCAUCAUUUAAAUGAUUUCUCUGAAUUUUAUUAAGUUCAACGAAUUUUAUCUUUUUUAUACUCUGUGGUCCGGUCUCUCUGUGCGCUGAAUCAUUCACAUGUUCAUACCUUUUGUGCGGACAAAAAAGCCCCACAAAGAUUAGUGUGCCAGAGACCAGAGUCCGUGCAGCUAAGCAACUUGCUGUUUCAGUUUUAGUUUACGUCUUCAAUACGAUCGAGUGGUUCCGGUUUUAUGUUAUAAACGCCGAAGACUCGUAGUAAAGUUAAUCAAAAUAAAGAACAUGUACUUCAAUUAUUAACUACAUCGGCAGUGUGUCGAAUCACCCUCUUUUGAAAAAUAAACCAUUUUAUUCGUAUCUAUUGCAUUUCUGUCGUAUCUUAUCUAAAGUGUGAUAUCUUUUUCCAAUAAGUAGAUCCCCUAAGUUUUCAGAACAGAGCUUUUAUAGUAUUCGAUUAAUUAUUUUAUUAUUGAGUGUAAUUUAAGUGAAAAGUGGAUUUUGAAUCAUGUUUUGGAAAAAAUCAAAAGACAAAGACAAAUCAAAAAGUACUACAACUACUUUCUAUAAAACCGAUGGUGAAAUCAAGUCGUUGUCGUCGGGAAGUGCUAUAACAUCUUUUGAGUCGAAAUUCAAAUCUUCCGCGAAUUCUUCAUCGAGCAAAACGAAAAUUACGAUCUCUUCAUCACAAACGAUUUCUCAGAAACAGGUUUUUUCCUCGUCACAAGCUUCGCGAACUUUAAAGGAACUUAUUGGACCAAUAUCUAGUGGUGGAAGUGCUCUGUCCCUGAUGGAUUCCUCGAAAUGGCCAAAUUCUGGCUCGAGUGUUAACCAAACAAACAAAAGUGUAUUUAUGUCACGACAAAAGACAGAGCCGUCCAUUGUUAGACGAAUUGAUGCGACACCAUUCAACACAAAAUAUGAGUCACCUUACCGAAAUUCUAACUUACCACCAUUAAGAACUCCUAUGCUGCCUGGGUCGAGUAGUGUGACAACGGUGACAACGACUUAUCAAUCGCCAUAUAGGGCGACUAGUGUGACGUCGUCGAUGAGAGAGAAAAAGACUUCUUCGUCGGUUUUGAGUCCGAGCAAAAAAGUUACUACCACCUCGUCAGGACUGUUCUCAUCGUCAUUGUCGUCGUCACCAAAAACAAAAACCUCAUCGACAAUAUGGAAUCCAAUGUCAUCCAUAGAAAAUGCCAAACCUGCUUCGAACCCAACCUGGAACAAGAUCAGUAUAAUGCAACCUAAAUCUUCUAAUCCUCCAUCAUCAUCAUUGGCAUCUUCAACGACAUUUGCGAACAGUUUGCAACCUAAGACUUCAUAUUUAUCUCCAUCUACCAACAAUCGACAGCCUAGUACCUCUAGUAGCUCUUUAAUUAAGCCUUCGCUCUCACCAUCACUGCCACCAACAAAAACUACCUCAGCUCCAACAGGUGCUGUUAAAAAGAAACAAUCUCCUGGCGUUGUUUAUAUAUUCCAUAACGAUAAGUUUGACAGCCCGGACAAGGAGUUCCGUAUUGGAAGCAUUGAAGACGUUCAUAUUUUGAAGAAAACCUUUCAAGCCUUUAAAAUGCAGAUUAAUCUUUAUGAGAAUCUAACUGUUAGGCAAGUGGAAGACAAAGUGCGGAAAAUUGAACUUAAGGACUAUGGAAAUGCUUCAUGUAUUGUAAUUGUAAUACUCACGCAUGGGACAAGAUUUGAGACUGUUGCUGCCAAAGAUGGCAGCUAUUCAAUAGACGACACAGUAUUGUUUCCUAUUUUAAGAAAUCGCUCACUUCGAUCGAAACCAAAACUUCUAUUUAUUCAAGCAUGUAAGGGUUCGAUGGAGCCUGGGAAAUUCCACAAAGACGCUAUACAAACAAACGGACCUCCAGAUGAAAUAUUAAAAUGCUAUAGUACAUUUGAAGGAUAUGUAGCUUAUCGAACCGAAAAAGGAUCACUUUUUAUACAAUCCCUCUGUGAACUAUUGCAGACUCAUGGAAAAUCCAAAAAUAUAAAAGAUAUCAUGGACAUGGUUAUAAGAAAUGUUAAAAUAAAAUCAGGGAGUGUCCAGAUUCCAUCAUAUGAAACAACUCUGACGGAGCCUUAUAUUUUUGGAGAUUUUAUAUAAAAAUGUAUUUACUCAUAAUAAGUAAAAUAGUUAGAAAUUAAAUUCUGUGAUUAAAUUUAAAAAAAAAAUAAAGAAAACCAAAUUAAAAUUAAAACCAAAAAAAGAACAACAAAUAAAGGAAAAAAAUUUA